GUGUCAAAUGUCAAUCACAGACCAAUCUACAAUACACAGACAGAAUACUUUGUAAAUAUAGCAUAGCAUUCUAUGAACCAGUCAAAUUAAUGGGUUUCUAAUUUUUUACAAUUUCUCAGUAAAGUAAAAGCAAUAAACCUUAAAUCAAAACAAGUGUAAUAAUAGGCAAGCUAAACUAAAGAAGAAGAAAUAAGAAACUUUUGUUAUCGUGGACCAUUAUAUUAUAUCAUAUAAAUAUAACCUCAAAACCUAUUAGAACUCAAUCGUAAAUUAACAAACAUAAUCUAAUAAAGUAAAAUGAGUGAAGAUUCAGAAAACCAUGAGUCUGUAAUGAGAAAAGAAAACUCAAGUGAAACGAACGAAACAAAUAGAGACGAAGACGAUGAAGUGCCAGCUAAGCGCGCUUCCUCUCACGCCAAUGUUGUUGCUGCUCAUUACAAUCAUCUCGAGGAGAAAGGUGUAAAGGAAAGAUUUAAUUCACCCAUUUUUUACCUCAGAAACUUCAAUAAUUGGGUCAAAAGUGUUCUUAUACAAGAGUAUACCGAUAAAAUACGGGAAAAAGACUAUGGUAGAGUUUUAAGGGUACUCGAUAUUUGCUGUGGUAAAGGUGGUGAUUUAUAUAAAUGGGAAAAAGCACGCGCUGAACAUGUGGUUUUUGCAGAUAUAGCAGAUGUUUCGAUAGAUCAGUGUAAAAGUCGAUACGAUGACUUGCGCCGACGCUCGGGACGUUUGUUUUCGGCAGAAUUCAUCGCUGCCGACUGCACUAAGGAUGUGCUACGACAUAGGUACAAAGAUCCAUCAAUAAAAUUUGAUUUAGUGAGCUGCCAGUUUGGUUUACACUACAGCUUUGAAAGUUUGGGACAGGCUCGUCGCAUGCUUUCAAAUAUAUCAGAGUGCCUCAAACCAGAUGGUUAUUUUUUUGGAACAGUGCCUGAUGCAUAUGAAAUUGUUUCUCGUUGUCAAAAAUCUGAAGACGGAACAUUUGGCAAUCGAAUUUUUAAUAUAAAAUUGUUAUUUGAUCCUAAAAAUGGAUAUCCCCUGUUUGGGGCUAAAUAUGAUUUUCACUUGGAAGGAGUAGUGGACUGUCCUGAAUUUUUAGUAAAUUUUGAGCUUCUUGUUAAGCUGGCUGCAGAGUAUGGCUUAGAGUUAGUGUACAAAGCAGGGUUUGAAGACUUCUAUACAAAGUAUUCUGAUAAGUAUAAAUUCUUAUUACAAAAGAUCAAAUGUUUUGAGGUUUACCCUGCAUUGCCAGGCAAGGAGUUGAUUGGAAGUGAAUCUGAAUAUGCACAUGCAAAGGCCUAUUUAGACAAUAUGACAAACAACAGUGAAGGAAAUAAUACCCUUGGUACAAUGAGUACAUGUGAAUGGGAAGUAGCUACUAUUUAUUUGGCAUUUGCAUUUAAAAAGUGCAAGAACACAUCAUGGGAUUCCAGUGGAAAACCUUUGUAUGCAGUUUCAGAAAAUAAACCAACAUCUACAACGUCCACAAGUGAUAAAUAGUAUUUGCAGAUUAUUAGCUUACAAUAUUUAUAACUGAUGAUAUGAUGAUGAUGGUGGUGAUGAGUUUAUACAAAGUUGUGUGUAUUAAUUUCCACAUAAAGCCUCAAUCAGUGCCUAACAGAAGAUUAGAAAUAUUCAUUAACUUGUUAAAUUUUUGUAGUAUUGCUCCGAUAGUGAAAAUUAUGUUAAAAAAUUUGCAACUGAAACACGCGCGCGAGAUGUAUUUUACCCAAAUCUGGAUCUACACACACACAUCACUUUAACACAUUAUUACACUACUAUAUGAAUAAUGGAGAAGCAAGCAUUCUAUUAUGGUGCUGCAUAGAAACCUAUAAGCAAUAUGGGUUCAAUAAAAACUGCCAUACCUCUUCUAGGUUAGCCCGCUUUUAUCUUGGACUGCAUCAUCAUGUACCACCAAGUGAGAUUGCAGCCAAAUGCUUACUUGGAUCUGAUUUAAAAAAACGUAAUAUUGAAUCAUAAUUCCGCGUGCGUUCUUGUGUUAUGUUUGUUUAUUAAUGUUAAAUGUUAAACCUCGAUAAUACUGUGUUUUCACUGCACGUUUUUUGGAGGAUAAUCAUACUGAAUAUGUAAUGAAUAACAUUGUUUGUACUGCAAGAAGAUGUAUGUACAUUGUACAAUGCACAUUAAUUUAACCAUGUGAGUGGUUCUAUACUCAGUGAUGUGCUACACAUAAUCGGUAAGAUGUAUCCUGCAAAAAAACGUGCGGUGUUAAUGCAGUGUGAAUGGGGACUUGGAGAGCAUGGACAAGAUGUUAAUGAAAAAUUUUUUCCACGGCCGACAGAUUGUUCCCUAGGUUUAUUUGACAUAUUGAACUUCUGUUCUUACAGAAUGUAAAAACAGUAUUUAAAAAAUUCGACUUUACUUUCUCAAAUCAUAUCUUUAUGAUACAAUCAGACUUUUUAUUAUAUUUUGUUUAACAUGUUAAAUUACUGCAACAAACUCAUAGUUAUAUAUAUUUAUGGUAUUGAAUUAGGUUAGUAAUAAUUGAACAUGUUAAGGGAAGUUAAAUUAUGAAAUAUAGAAAAAUACUUGAUUUUUAGAUACAAGUUUGAGAAAGUUAAGCAAAUUUUGUAUUUUUCACAUAAUAAGUUUUUUGCCACAUUUGGUUGUAAUGUAUCAAUACAUAAAUUGGAUAACUACGUAUUGAAUGAUGGUUGGGUAUAAUUUAUUUAAGAAUUUAAAGAAAUAUUGAUUUAUGGAAUAAAUUUCAUGAAUCAUAUUAUUUAGGUACAUAUUUCCAAUUCAUGUAUUGGCACACUACAUACAUGUGCCGAAAUACUACUUGUUUGAAAAAGACUGUAUAGGUAGUUAUAAUUCAUUCAGUUUGAUAGUUGACUAGUUAGUAGUUAGACAGUUUAAUAGUAACAUGAAAAAUGUAUUG